AUCAUUCAUGGGAAAUAUCCAUAACUUCCAAAUGAUGAAACUGCUGUUGGAUCAAAUUUCCGGAUGCUCCAACAAGUGUUUUUGGUGUUGAAGUUGUUCAUCGAUAUACUGAACUGUUCAUCAGACUGUUACUGCAACAAUACCUUGAGGAUGUGUUAUGAACUGAGCUCAAAGGUAUAAUACGAACAACUAAAUGGUGAAUUUAUCUUUAUUUUUAAUUAUUCUAAUGUUUUCUUACUUGGUUCUCUGCGAAUAGUUAUUGAAUUCUAAAAUGUUUUCGGGCAUGAAGCGGUUCAUUUAUCGUCAUAGGAGAAAGAUUGUAAUUGGAGGUCUGUUUAGUGGUGCAAUGUAUGCUUUAUACAGACUUGCAACUCGAAGACUGCUUAAAUGGCAGGAAGAAGAGAUGAAAGAAUUGUUGGAGUAUAGUAUUCGAAAAGAGCAUUUUGAAAAAAAUGAAAGAACAUGCAACCAAACUAUUUUGUCCCUUUCCUCAUCCCUCUACAACAAAAUAGAAGAGCUUUUUGACACAAAAAUGAUUGUAAGCAAUUUAAAAAGUGGUGUAGCAGAAGAUAAAAUUGCUUUAUGGGAAGAACUGAAGAUAAUCGCAUUUGCCAGAUUAGCUACUCUUGUUUAUGCUGGUGCAAUGAUAGUUAUCAUGCUAAGAACCCAGCUCAACAUCAUAGGCGGCUAUAUUUAUUGUGAAUCCAAAAUAAAUAGCAAUGGUUGCACAGAUAGUCCUGUUACCAUAUCAAACGAACAUCAGGAGCAAUACUUGUCAAGUUGUCAACACUUUCUAACGGUUGGAAUAGAAGAGUUGAGCUCACUAAUUGAGAAGAAAGUCAGAUUAGUUUUGGAGAAUGAAUCUUUGAAAAAGCCACUGUCGUUGCCAGAUAUUGAACGAUACUUCUGGGCAAUCCAGUCCUCCAUUUCCUCCGAUGUCAAGAACCCCAUAAAAAACUUGUCCACAUUUGUUCUAGCGUCCUCGUCCACAGGACAGCCCACCGAUAUUGUUCCUUACAAUGAGCCGUUACUGAAGAAUCUAUGGGAAGAAACCAUCGACCUAAUAAGCAGUAGUGAAGUAAGGUCGUUGGGCACUUCGUGCGUGAGUCGAGGCUUUUCUCAAGUGAUGGAUCGAAUAUCCGAGUUUGUGAUUCCACCCCGUGAGAGUAGUGGCGACACUGCAAUCACACAAGCUGUGCCUUCAACUUCAGCUGCAUGCCAAAAACUACUAUCAUCAGUCACUCAGACCUCGGUCCCAAACGGCACUAUUGUUAGUAUUAAUAAAUCUACCAUUCCAAUGGCCAAGUUGAUUCCAAUAAUUAAUGGCAUGUCAGGAAGCUCGGCUUGUGAUCAAUGGAUGCAAGAUUUCAUCAAUAUGCGCAAUCUCAAAGUGUACGGUGCUAAUGUUUAUGAAGCAUUUUGCUGCAAUACUAAUGUCCGCUUUGAUAAUAGGUGAUGGAUAAUCAUAGUAUAGGGAUUUUUUGUCGUUCAUCAGUAUUCUUAAUCAUUUUUAAUUUUCAAGGAAAAUAUUGAACCCCGUAAGCAACUACAAUAAUUAGAUAACUCAUUCAUGCAGCCUUUACAUACUCCAUUUUCUCCGUUCUCUUUCAAUGGCCUAUUCGUAAAAAAUCAUUAUUCAAUUGGAACAUGGAUAGGGUAAUACCAUAGAGAAACAAUAGCAUAAGUAGAUAUCCCAUGGUAUAGGACGUUUAUGUCGCAACUUUUACUGUUAUCUCAAGCCGAUAGUCCACGUAGUUCUUUCCCGUGAAGCUGUGUGACGCUCGUAGUCUCUCAUACUGUGUCGUUCAUACACUUUCACCCCAACAAAACAGUAAAAAUCGACAGUAAUCGGCUUGAGAUAACAGUAAAAGUUGCAACAUAAACGCCUUAUACCAUGGGAUAUAUACUUACGCUAUUGCUUCUCUAUGGUAAUACAUAUUUUGAACAAAAUUUGUUUCUUUGGAAUGUUGAACUUUUAGCGAUAUUCAACAUUUAUCAAUGUUAAAUGUCAUAAUAUUAGAAGCCUCAUUACCAACUUCGGUAACUUACCCGAGUAAAAUCAAUUAUUGUCUUUAUUCUGAACAUAAUUUCACAUUUAUAACAAUUCAUUAUCUAUCCUAACCCAUUACCUUUUAUCUAUCUUCAUGUAUUAAACAAUGAAGUUUUGUGUAGACCACUGCAAUUUGCUUGUUAACAACAAUUUCAUCCAUUCAACCAUGGAUUGGCGAUAAUUGUUCAUAUCCCAUCGCCGUCAUGCGAAUCGCACUGUGUCUACAAGGCAUCAUAAAGGUAGAAAUUAAACUUGAAUUUUAAAAAACACUCAUGGAGUGAAAAUGCACUUACAUUGGUAGUGAUGAUCGUUUCGACCUGUUGUUGGUCAUCAUCAGACUUGGCAGGAUAGUCUGAUGAUGACCAACAACAGGUCGAAACGAUCGUCACUACCAAUGUAAGAGCAUUUUCACUCCAUACGUGUUUAUUAAAAUUCAAGUUUAAUUUUAAUAGUGAAAAAGUAUGGAUAUGCAACAAAGGUAGAAACAUUGAUUAAGGGGUUAGAACUCACAAAGCUUUCAAUGUAUGAUCUAAGGGCGGUUUACAGAUACACUUUGUUCGGUCCUCAUUGAAUACAAUAUCAUUGCAUUAAAAAACUAUAAAAAGCUGAAUUAUUCAGAUUUGCUGCAAUAUAAAGUGUUUAGUUUCUACUAGUGAAUGUUUUUGACCAAAACUUAAUUGGUUUUAUAAAAUUUAGAGAUAAGACUUUGUGUGCUCAAAAAAAAUGUAUGUAACUUUCAAUAUUGGGUUGGAUUGAAUGGAACUCUUCUGCACAGGUUGACUGAACUAUUUUAUAAUUUAUCAUUAUUUGUUUAGAGAUUUGGUAUUUUUGGUAAGUGAAUAUUAUAAUGUUGUUCCAUAUUAUUUAUUCAAUCCACCUUUCUGGUUUUUUUGAUUUUGUGACACUGGUGAUUAUUUGUAUUUUGUAUAAAGGAGAUGAUCUUAAAUAAUAAUAAUAAAGUAUUAUUG